AUGAAGCGACAGCUUGCGUGGGCGAUUCUAUGCGCCACCUUUUUGUGUAUAGGAUGCUCAUAUUGCAUCUCGGUUGAUAUGAUACGCCCCGAUAAUGCCAAAAUAUCGGCACGGUUGUCCGAAGCGGAGGCGCUCGCAUGGAUCCGCAAGGAGAAGGCAUGGCUUGAUACCAAGCACGGAGCAAAUUCCGUUGUCGCCCGCAGCAUCAAGGGCACGCCGAUGCGCAACUUUGAUCACGACCGCUUGUGGGCGGUCGAGGUUGAGAUUGGGACUCCCCCUCAAAGAAUCGCCGUGGCCGUCGAUACGGGCUCGUCGGAUCUAUGGGUCUCGGACGCUUUUUUUCAUGCUAAAAAUAGCAGCACAUUUUGCAAUGUGUAUUCAGAUGUACGCAUAAGGUACGGCUCAGGCACAGUGGAUGGAAAGUCUGCGAUAGACAGCGUCUCAAUCGCCGGGCUCACGUCCAAGACACAGACAUUUGUCACAGAGACCCGCGUCAAUGGCCUGGAUCUGGGGAGCCGUGUUGGGGGAGUUUUGGGCAUGGGCACAUACGCACUGGCGUCCACCAAAGCCAAUCCUUUAUGGAAAUCCAUCGGCCUUAAAAACCCUUCAUUUGGCCUAUUUUUGCAGCGGGAGGCUGCGGGCGACGCGACCGAAGCGCCUGGUGGCGUCCUCACGCUCGGCGCGCCGAAUCGGACCUUGCACAAGGGUGAUGUCAAUUAUGUAGACGCAUACGAAGACAAAUCGUGGUCGGUCCCGUUGGGGGGAGUGAAUGUAUCGGGUCACCAAGUUUUGCUGGAUGGAAAUUCGGUGGCAUUGAUCGAUUCGGGCACUACUUUGGUUGGCGGACCGCCCCUCGCAGUCCACAAGAUCUACGCACACAUACCUGGCGCAACGCAGCUCAGUGGCACUGAUGGCUACUACAAAUACCCAUGCUCAGUCAAGCCAAAUGUUUCUUUUGCGUUCGGCAACCGGGGCUACUUACUGAACCCCAUUGAUUUUCAAGUCACUAUCGUCACGCCGGGGAUAGAAGCAGUCGGCGACACGGAGCCGCAUUGCAUUGGCGCACUUUUUGCUGUACAACAAGUCCCACAUGGUUUUCAGUGGCUCAUCGGCGCUGCGUUCCUCAAAAACGUGUACACUAUCUUUGAAGAGACACCGCACAGAAUUGGGUUUGCGUCACUGCAUUCCAGCGUAAACCAAGACACAAUCACAUUUCCUGUGACGCCCAGCGCCGCUUGCACACAUUCCGCAUCCCUCCCAAUGACGCUUUUUGUAUCGAUGCUUUGUUUUGUAUAUAUAAUUACAUGGUGA